AUGGACACAGACACAGGCAUGCAAAAACCAACACAACAACCAACACACAACCAACAGUUCAAAACACUGCACCACAACCAACAGUUCAAAACACUGCACCACAACCAACAGUUGAAAACACUGCACCACAACCAACCAGUUCAAAACACUGCACCACAACCAACAGUUCAAAACACUGCACAGCAACAACCACACCAGAGCAAGGACAUUAAAAAGAAGUAG